GUAGUCUUCACCUUCCAAGCGCAGACCUUCUUGCGAUUGUCGAAACGUUGCAAGGUCGGCCAACAGACUUAAGGAUUCCAUAUUUUCUUAAAGAGAAGCUAUUCGCCUGCAGAUCUGACUGCGCGCAUUCCUAAAGCGACGGCACUUGACCAAAGCAUGGCGACUCUUGCAGAUGAGUUGCAGGCAGAUUUUCUAGACGCUGAAUCUGACGAGGAAGAGCAAGAUGAGGACGAGGAGAAUGGGGAGCAGAACGUAAACGGAAACGCUGAAGAUGGCGACAUAGCCAUGGGAGAGGACGGCAAUUCAGACGAGGAUGAUGAAGGAGGUAACCAGGAGGAUCGCGUCAACCGCGCUAUUGAUGGGGCUGAAGACAAUGAAGAGGCAAAAGCGAGGAUAGAGAAGAUCUCUCUCAAAGGUGUUCGCGACUUUGCUUCGGUUGCAAAUCUGAUGUCACGACUGAUGCCAGUACUUCAGUCCUAACCGCAUCAAUCCAGCAAAUCGAUGAAUAUCAAUCGUUAUCUUCUGAAGAGCAAGCGAAGAGAAAUCUUGGGAAAACGGACUCUCCAGCCUAUAAACUCAUGAAUGAGGCCAAUAAUCUGUCGAUACACAUUGAUUCUGAGAUCAUAGUACUGCACAAAUGGCUCCGUGAUCAUUACAGUGCAUUUUUCCCUGGCCUAGAAAGGCUAGUGGAGAAUCCUGUUCAGUACGCAAAAGCGGUGGCCAUCAUCGGCAAUGGUCCUAUGGACGUCAAGGCGGUUGGUGCUUCUGCAGAUAAUGUUGUUGGUCAAUCACUGGACAAGGUACUUGAUAAAGCUCUUCUCAUGUCUGUUCGGAUGGAAGCUGCCACCACACAAGCAAAGCCGCUUCCUGAGGCAGAAAUCACCAUGAUUACCAAGGCUUGCCAAAUGGUACUUUCGCUGGAUGAAGCAAAAGACAAGAUUCGAGCUUUUGUGGAAUCUAGAAUGAACGCCUUCGCUCCCAACCUGUCAACACUGAUUGGACCUGAAACAGCUGCUCUUCUCGUGCAAGCUAAAGGAUCACUCAUCGGCCUGGCGAAUACGCCGAGCAACAAUUGGGCGAACGUUGGCUGGCGCCCAUCGCGAACUGGUGGUGCAUCAAAUGCUUACGGAGGAGGUGCAAGGCAGAAGGGACACCUAUUCUACUCACCCAUCAUCAAGAAUGUACCAAUCGAUCAUCGUACGCAAGCGUUGCGAAUCGUCGCUGCAAAGGCGGCCCUGGCAGCGCGUACGGAUGCUGUAGCAAAGACGACAGACAAUACUAUCGGUCGACAGUUGGCCGACCAGGUUGCCAGAAGACUUGAUGUCCUAACCGAGGCUGCACCAAAUCGGGGGCCGAGAGCUUUACCAGCUCCUGACGAUAAGCCAAGUAGAAAGCGCGGAGGGAAGCGAGCAAGGGCAGCGAAGGCGCGGAUGCAACAGACGGAACUCCAAAGGAUGCAGAACCGAAUGGCUUUCAAUCAAGCUGAGGCAGAAGCAGGUUACGGCACCGGCGACAGCACCAUCGGCCUAGGAAUGAUUGGUCAGGAGACUGGAAAGAUUCGACAGACAACAAUUGACAAGCGCACGCAAGCACGCCUGUCCAAACGAUCUCAAGCACUGCUAGGCACCACUGGUGGAGGUGCUAGCGGUCUUGCGACGUCACUGAGAGGCUUCGGCCAAGGCGGGGGCACUGUCACUGGUCUCCGCACGUCAGGUGUAGGCACAAGCUUAGGGGGAGGAGCUGGUACAGCAUCGGUCAUCGCCUUCACUGAUAAGGGCUUUGGCCUCGAACUAGCGGAUCCUCGCAAUAGGGAUGAAGCCGAGCGCAAACGCAAGGCUGAGGAGGACAAGUACUUCAGCACAGGUACGUUCACCAACGUUGGCGGUGGAACGGCGUCCAUGGUUCCUCAGGAGACGAGGACGGACGCUGGAGGCUUCAAAGUGCCGGCUCUACCGGCACUGAAAAGAGUCAAGAAAACCGGCUAAGGACAUUUGUGGGUUUGAAUUGAACAGUGAGGAAAAUCGAAUUUCAUGCAUGGCGUGGCGCUUGGGAAGGGCUUUGAUAAUCAGGUCAUUUGCGUCGUACAACGGACGACGAUGAUUCCCGGUGACAGAGUUAGCACAGGGCAUGUGGAACAUGGGCAAGUUAUUUCAUUUGCCCCAAAACAUAGUAGGAACUCGACAUGAAGAAAUCUAUUAUUCAUCUCAUGCUGUUCCAUAGGGUCGGGGUAUGUCACGUGGCUUUGGUUCACAUCCUUCCUUCGGGUCGUGACAUCCGAUCCAGCCAUCUAGAUGAACUUUUGCGUG